AUGAUACUGGCGCCGCAUCUGCGGACCUCAAAAGCACGAAAACUUGCAAGAGCAGAUAUAUCCCGCCAAAGGGUGAAAAAGAAGAGGAAAUAA